ACGUAGAACCGCACAUGACACCGGAAGCACUGGAGAUUGAGCCGGUAACUUUAAGUGACAGGAGCUCAAUGUGACAUUUCGAAGCGGUUAUUUCUAGAAGAAUAAUAAUGUUUCUCACUUCUGUGAACCUUGCCAAGAGCAAAUCGAAGACGCUGCUGGUGCAGAUGAUGAGUGCGGCUGGCACGGGUUACUGUUUUAACACAAAGAGGGGUCGACUGAGGGAAAAACUGGUUUUGCGAAAGCAUGACCCCAUAGUCAACAAACAUGUUCUGUUCUUUGAGAAGAGGAAGAUUCGCUCUCUUUAAAAAAUGGCAGAAACUUGUGAUACAGACAUUGAGAAAAAGGACUUUUAGUGUGUUAUUGGCCACAGUGUGGUGAUCUGAAGAUAUCCAUCAAAUCCAAGCGCCGGCAUCACCGCAGCUGCGGAUAACUGGUGUAAUGAGACCAUUUUAUUUGCACAUCCUGGCUGGAUAAUGUCUUGUUAAGACCAUUACAAGAAGUCUAUUAUGUUGGAUUCGUUCAGUUAUUUUGUUUCCUCCUUUCUACCAAGGCACAAUGUUGACCCACUGCAAACAAUGAACCACCUACUCAAUGACAGAUUGCUUUAGGCUGAAUUUGCUGGAAUAAUUAGCCAGCAAGAUGUAUUUUGUAGAAACGAGAUCUGUGUACAUAAUUGUUACCACAAAAAUAACAGCAAUUCAAACAUACGAAACUCCUGUGCUGCUUGUGCUCUCUUACGUAUACAGACAUUUUCACCAUGACAACUGUUGUUAUCUUCCUCGAUGCUUUCUGAGAACUGUUUACUCUCGAUUACAACAAACAGACAA